UUCUAUAAUAAGUUCCCGCUGCAGUGCUGAUAACAGACUACGGGGAAGAGCCAGGUAACCGCACGCUGCCAGUGCGCUCCGCUCAGCUCGGCAGACAUUUCACAGCCAACACAAUGGACCUGACAUCUCUCCUACAUUUGCUGAUCUUUAUGUCUGUCCUAAAGGCCGGCCACUUCUCUAAAUCGAUGUCCAAGGGUCGAUACUUGGCGUCUGUCUUCUCGGGACUGACCGCGGAGGAGAUGACAUCGGUUCGGAGUUUCCUCACUGACCAGGAGCAGCUUCGUUUGGUCCCGAUCAGAAGUCACUUCGGCAAAAACUCCAUUUUCAUGAUGGAGCUCAAUUUGCCAAAAAAGCGACACGUCCUGAACUUCUUAGAUAACAAUGGCCCCAGACCUCAAAGAGAGGCCAAAGUGGUCAUCUUCUUCGGAGACCAAACCCAACCCAACAUCACAGAAUACAUUGUUGGCCCCCUCCCUCACCCAUAUUAUUACCGACCACUAACAUCUAAAGGCAACAAGCCGGCAAGGUUUGAGUCUCGGCCGAUGACUUUUGUGGAAUAUGAGAAAAUCUACAAACGUCUGAUGGACCUCACCAUGGGGUUUAACCAUAUCCUACUGGAAACCUCCGGCUUCUCCUUCUACAAUUGCUCCUCACGUUGUCUCACCUUCACAGAUAUUGCCCCUCGGGGCUUGACUUCCGGAGAACGCCGCUCAUGGUUGUUGCUCCAGAGGUAUGUAGAAGGGUUCUUCCUCCAUCCUAUUGGAGUUGAGCUCUUACUCAACCAUCGCUCACUCAACCCCGAAGAGUGGACCAUCGAAAAGAUCUGGUAUAAUGGCCAAUACUUUGAUGGCAUCGAAGAGUUUGUCCAAAAAUAUGAGAAGAAUGAACUGACCAAGUUACGACUACCAGAUCACAACAAAGAUCCUUAUUCCACCUUCAUACCUCGUGGAGAAUUCAAGACCAAAACAGAUAUCCAUGGUCCAAAAAUAUGUGAACCACAAGGGAAACGUUACAGAGUUCUGGGAAACUAUGUGGAAUAUACCGGCUGGAGCUUUGCCUACCAUGUGCGUCCAUCGGCGGGUCUGCAGAUAUUCGAUAUCCAGUAUAACAAUGAGAGGAUAGCCUACGAGGUGAGCAUACAGGAAGCCAUUGCAUUCUAUAGUGGGGCCACACCAGGUGGGAUGCAAACAAAGUAUAUAGACUCUGGAUGGGGGAUGGGAACUGUGCAUUACGAGUUGGCCAAAGGAAUUGACUGUCCCGAAGGGGCCACGUACCGGGAUCUCUACAAUUAUUACGACACAGACAAACCCCUGCGGUAUAAGAAUGCCUUGUGUAUCUUUGAGCAACCCACGGGGAUACCCCUACGGAGACACUUUGACAGCACUUAUAAUGGGGGGUACAGCUUCUAUGCCGGGCUGGAAAAUCAAGUCCUGGUGGUGAGGACAACAUCCACCGUCUAUAACUAUGACUAUAUCUGGGACUUUCUGUUCUACCAAAAUGGAGUCAUAGAAGUGAAAGUGAGCGCCACAGGGUACAUCCAUGCCACUUUCUUCACCGCUGAUGGACUCAGUUUUGGAAACAGGGUCUACAGCCAUGUCCUGGGGAAUGUACACACACAUCUGGUCAAUUAUAAGGUGGACCUUGACAUUGCAGGAACAGAAAACAGCUUUGAAACUAUUGACCUGAAAUAUGAGAACAUCACGAACCCUUGGAGUCCCGAUCACUUCAUUGUUCAGUCCCGUAUGGACCACGUCCCGAGAAGCACCGAGCGUCAGGCAGCUUUCAGGUUCGGCUCUCACACCCCCAGGUAUCUGAUGUUCCAGAACCCCAACAAGAAGAACAAGUGGGGCCAUGAAAAGGGCUACAGGAUCCAGUACAACUCUCACGGUCACAGCGUGCUGCCCCGGAUGUGGGCCGAAGAGAAAGGCGUCUCGUGGUCCAGAUACAGUCUGGCCGUGACCCGAUACAGGGAAUCUGAGCUGAGCAGCAGCAGCUUGUACAUCCAGUGCGACCCUUGGGAUCCAAACGUCUAUUUUGAGAAUUUCAUCCGUAACAACGAGGACAUUGUGAAUAAAGACCUUGUUGCCUGGGUCACAGUCGGCUUCCUCCACAUCCCCCACGCAGAGGACAUCCCGAAUACGUCCACGCCGGGAAACGGGGUGGGAUUCUUUCUUCGACCCUUCAACUUUUUCGACGAGGACCCCUCAGUGGCCUCCAGGAGCACGGUCAUCGUGAGGCCCACCGACAAAAGCUUCACCAAAGUGAAUAUCCAACGCUGGACCCCGGAAGUGAUCGGUCAAUGUGUGUCGGACGAACCCUUCCGGUACAAUGGAACUUAUUUCUCGGACUGAAGCUGCCGAAUAGAGACGUUCCUGCAAAACCCGACUGAGAAACAUCGUCAUCAACCAUUGUAGUCGCGGAGAAGAAGUCCCAGUACUGCAUCAUUCAGAACCUGGGAGACUUCAGGAAAACUAUAUAGUACGGCUAUAGCCGGAGGGUCGGGGGUCUCCCGUGGGCUGACAAAUUUAUUAUAUAUGACACUGGAUGUUUUUCAACAAAAAAGUGAUGCUACAUGCUAAUAAACCCCCAUAAC